AUGACACCACACGAUGAGAGCUCUCAGGAGCCAGAGCAGCUUCCUCGGGAGACAUGGGCCUCUCUCCCCAGCCUCCCUCUGUUCUCAGGGCCAACCAUUCCAACCGUCGGACGCCGGUUUUUCAUCCAUUCUCCCUCCACAAUCCUCAAGCUGGGCACUGAGGUUGGUGAAGGCGACAUGACUGCGCUCGCCCAUUCUAUCCUGGGCCCCUGGGCCCCUGGCCUCGUUCUCACUCUCCAGCCGGGCACGCCGCUAGUGGAGCUCUGGCCCUUACUCACCCCUCCGCAGCGCCAGACUGUGAAGGCAGAGCUCUGCCGUCUCCUCGUGCGCAUGCGUACGCACCACUUCUCCUACUACGGCCGGACCUCGCGGCAGCCGUACCUCCUCUUCUCCGAGUUCGGCACAGAGACGCACGUAUAUUGCGCCUCCCGCUUAGAGUGGGAUGACUCGCGCGUCCGCGCACUGCAGGCCUCUGCCCCAGAUGCGGAACGUACAGUUGCCCUAGAGCGAGUACAGCGUGGCACCACGGGCACCGGUGAUUGGGACCGUCCUGUCCUCACGCAUGGGGAUUUGUCUGACCGAAACAUCCUCGUGGACCCCUCUACGCUCGCGGUGACGGGUUUCCUGGACUGGGAGAUGGCCAAUAUCAUGCCCGCGUACUUUGGGUAUGCCGCGGCACGGCUGUCUGGGGGCCAUCAGCCCGAGUGGAGGAGGGAGCUGUUAGAUGUGCUGAGGUCUGUUCUGCGCCGCGAGUGCGAUGCUGGGCGCGGGGAAGACCUGGAAGCUGUCAAUGUCGAAGAAGGAGAGGAAAGAUACAGGAGGAAGUUGGCGGCGUGGGAUGCUGUCGUCAAUGUUGAGAGAAUUGCGCAGGGAUACGACGAUGCCUGCUACUGGACUUUUGAAACCGGUGUACCAGAUGUUUCACAAAGGACUGGCUCUGCCUUAUAA